AUGAACCUCUUCAGAGUUAUCCCUCAGUGGCUUGCAGGGAAGCUGAGCGAGUAUGUCCACAACGUGGACUUCGAUUCCCUGGGGGCCGGGUUGUGGAGUGGAGACUUGGUGCUGCGCGACUUGCAAGUGCGGACAGACGUUUCGCGCAAGCUCCAUCUACCAGUCGUGCUGAAACAAGGGUCUGUGGAUCUCGUCAGAAUACAGGUGCCGUGGAAGAGCUUCGGUAGCAUGAAGGCAAGCUUGCAGGUUUCUGGCCUUACCCUCGUGCUGGAGCCGCUGGGGAGCGCCAACUACGACGAUGAGAUAGAGCGGGGGCUGCGAGACGCCAUUUUUGCGAAGAAGCAGGAGCUACUCGCAAAUGCAGAGGCGCAGUUGGCCGGAGUGCGGGCGAAGGCAGGGUGGGGGGCCAGAUUCGGGUCCUUCCUCGCGAGUUCGUUCAUGGCUCGCAUCGUGCGAAAGCUCUCCGUAACGGUGGAGAACGUGCACGUGGUGUGGUUGCAAGCGGAGCACGCCCAGACGUCUCCCGUCCAGUCCCCGCUGUCGGCGGAGGAGACGUGCCCGGCGCCGAGCCCCAGCGCCGUCGGGGUGUACCUCGGCCGUUUGUCCGUCACGCCGACCGUCGCAUCAGCGGCGGCGGCACCGGCGACCGGCUCCGCUGCUUCGCCCUCUCGCGGCGGUAGCGGUAGCGGUAGCGGUAGCGGUGACGGCGGUGGUGGUGUAGGUGGCGAGGUCGGCGGCGGCGGCGCCACUAGUCCGAGGGCGAGGCCAAGGAGCGGGGGCGUUCCGGCUGCUACGGAGACGGCGGGAGUAAGCAAAGACAUAGAGCUCGACAACCUCGUGGCGUACACGAAGGAGAGCACCGCGGACUGGUUGGAAGAUAUCCAGUCGGACUACGAUCACGACGACGGCCGCGGCAGCGAGCAAAGCUCCACCAGCGGCGUUACGGGCCUGCGCCCGGUGCCACCGUUCCACGUCGUGGCUUCCGAUGCCGGCGCGGAUGUUGCCGGUGCGUCGCCCGCAACGGGACCCGCCGGCGAUUCGUUGCCUGCCGGCCAGAACGGCGGCGGCGAGCACGCCGCGAGAUGCAGAAGCGAUACCUCACCGGUUUUCAUCCUCCGGCCGCUUAGAGCGCGCGGAGUUCUCGUGAUCCGAGACCGUGUCGUCGCGGCUGCCGCCGCCGCCGCCGAGGUGCCCGUUCCCGUGCCCGUGCCCGAAGGCGUCGGAAGAACGGGGGCAGUCAACAGCGAGGAUGUUCCCACCGGCGGCGGAGGCGUUAACGGUGGCCGGGGGGGGUCAGUUGAUCCGCCGCCCCUCGUGUCCGUGUCGCUGGACGUGGAGGCGGUCGCGCUGCAGGUCGACGUCCGGCAGUACGCCGUGCUCAAUGCGGCGGUCAGCGCCCUGACGAUGUCGCACCGAAGGUUUAAGUUCCGGACGAUGCGGCCGACCACGUCGGUUUUGGACGACCCGGAGGCGUGGUGGCGGUACGCCAUCAGGUGCGUGAUGAUCGAGCAGCGGCGGGACGCCCACAGGGGCUCCGCGGGGCUAAGCCUCACCUGGCAGGGGCUCAUCUCUCGCGUGCGGCUGCUGUCCCGGUACAUGUCCGUCUACCGCCGCCUGCUGACCGUGGGGAUGCGCCCCCUCCACGCCACAACGGCACCGGCAACGGCGGCGCCGGCACCGGUAACGACCGCCCGCAACACACCUCCUCGCUCUGCUCACCGCCAGUCUAGCGACGAAGGGAUGGUAAUGCCACGAGGGGGGAAGAAGAUCCCUGCGACAGGGGGUUCUGGGUUGCGCGGGAGCUUGGACGGCGGGGGGGUGGGCUUGCCGGAGGAGUCGUUGCUGCUCGCGAGCGGGCCGUCUGCCGAUGGCGAGGGCGCUUCGGCAAAGGCCGGCGGCGACGGCCGUGGGGGCGGUGAAGAGCACUGGGACACGAACUGGGUUGGAGGCAGCUCGGCGGAGAUCCGCAAGCUCGCGGAACAGAUUCGGACGCGGUUUGGCAGAGGGGCGUUGGUGCGGAAACAGUACAGCACCGCAGCUCAGAGAGAGUUACAGGUCUCCGAGGUGGAAAUGAGAGCGAUGUUGGCCCUGGAGAUGGAGCUUUCCGUCGAGGAGAUCCUCGUUUACAGAGACGUGGCUAGGAAAAACAUCGAAAAGGGGGUCGCUGGACAGGCCCCGGCUGGGGUAGUGGGGCGUACUUUUCAGUGGCUUGCGGGAACUUCAGCUGCCGCUCCCAGGGCGCCUCCCGGCCAGGCCGUGAAAGACCCACCCGACAUGGGACGUCAAUCGGUCGGGUCGAACCGAUCAUCGUCGUCGCCGUCCCCCUCCGUGAGAGGUGGAAUGCCAGGAGAUGGGGCCGGGUCUACCCCUGUGUCCGUCUCUGAGAUGGACAGAGUGGACUUUUCUGCUUGGACGGGGAUUAACGCGGUCGAGUUGGGGCAGGCGGCUAAUUUGUUUCAGCGUCACUGGGUGGAGGCUGGAUUGGCGGCGGAAGGUGAAGAAGACCCAGCCACUCGAAAUCAGGUGUGGUUUUCUUGGCAAGUAGACGUCAACGAGGCAAGCGUACAGUUGUCCCAGCCCCCGUCGCGAGGAGCUCGGAAGGAGAAGGUCGCGCCUGGCCCUUCCCCCUCCCCCUCCCCCCCCCCGGCCUCGGAAAGGGGGGGUGGGGCCCAUAAUGAUUUGCCGCCCCUCCCGGGGCGGCGAACCGACAGAGGCAGCGGGGAGGCGGUCGUGCUCCGGCUUGUGAUAUCCCGGGCGCGCGUUCGGAUGGGCGUCCGCACCGAGAAGGGCUUCGUGAUCAGCGGGUCGGUUCACGCGGUGGAAGCGACCGGGGUGGGCGGGAUCACUUGCUUGACGAUCAACCCGUCGGUUCUCUGGGGAGGGGGGAAGGGCGGGGGCGGAGGCGGGAAAUCGAUCAACCACGGCGAAGACUCAGCCCUGAACAUUUUCAUGGACGUGAAGCGGACGGACCGGAAGGCGAGUCUGGCCAGCGUGGCGGGCGAGGUGGAAAUGGAGGAGCAGGGGGACGGCGCGAAGCUGCUGAAGAGCAAGGUGUAUUCGAUGAACCUCGAACUCGUGGCGCGUAUGGCCCACGUCGAGCUCACGGUCUCGCCCCCGCUGCUCUCAGCGUUAGCGGACUUCGCACAAUCGUCCAAGGUAUUGACACCGGGGUUACUGCUACCGUCCAGGUCCCCCGACCUCGACAACCUCCGCGUUCUGGCCGCGGGCUGCCGCGCCUGCUCCACCAAGGGCCACGUGUCCGACGUCCUGCACGCUCGCGGCACGAAAGACGUGGACGUUCGCGCGGCGGGAUUCGCCAUCCGCUUCGAGCUUGAGCCGCCGCCGCCGCCGCUCUCCUCUGGAACUAGUGCUGCUCGGCACCCGUCUCCUAGCUGGUGCUCUGGGGUCGGGGGGUUGCCCAGCGGAGUUAGGGCGGAGGAUAACACAACGGGUCUGUUUGUGGCGGAGACCGCCGAUGCAGGGGAGGCUUCCCCAAGAAGGAGCCCCCACACGUGCUUGGAGCUGACAGUAGGGUGCUGCAUCUACCAGAAGGGGAGGUAUCUCCUUGGGCACGCCGAGGGCGGCGAGUCGACGACAGGCUCGCCGCGUUUACCUCCUCUGGCCUCUUCGUCAUCGUCGCGGGGUCCGCCGCCUCCGCCGCCGCCGUCUGCGCCUCAAGAGAAGACCGGCAGGGAGGUGGGUGGUGGCAGCGGCGACGACGACCGCGAAGAGGUUCUGAAGCUCGGAGAGAAGCUCGGAGAGGUGCGAACCGCGGGCUAUGACAGUGUUCCCGACGGCGGCCGCGGCGGCGGCGGCCCGCAGCGCUUGUCUCCGCCCCAGACGCCGACCUCAGCAACCGAGCCGGUAGAUGGCGCAGGGCAGGCGGCGGCACCGCACGAGGGUGCCAGGGAGACGCAUUGGGGCGGCGGGCCGGGGCCGCGCCCGUGCGAGGGGGCCCUGGCCAUCGUGCAGUCGCUCCGGGUGCCCCUGUCGGACCCUCACUACUUUCGAGUUGCCGAUUUGUCCCUGUCUCUGGGCGUGACGGAGGAGGGGCCAGGCAAGGACGCCGGUGAGGAGGAGUUCGUGCAACGGCGGCGGCGGCGGCGGCGGAUCCCGCUGGUGCUCGGGGGACAAGAGAAUACCGACGAGGGGUGGACGGGCGAGCUGCUGGUGACGCGGUGCGCCGUGGUGGGAAACCCCAGGCAGCCCGGCACUCGCGCGGAUGCCAUGCUGUCUCGUAUCAGGGUGGAGGUGUCCAAGGAGACCGUGGCGGCCAUCACACUUCUGACGCUGUCCCUCAAGCGCGCCGUGUCAGUGCCGCCGGCGCCGUCGCCGCCGGCAUUCUCGAGGGGCCUCUCGCGGGAGGGCAUGGAAGAUUGCAUCCCUGCUCCGCAGAUUUUUCCACCUCCUUGGGGAGUAGGGGCGGAAGGCAACGCCACCAGGCGGGGAAGAAGAAGAGGCGACCCAGCGGCGAGCCCCAGGAGCGUCGCCAGCUGCGCCACCUCCUCGACGGCGGGGGUGGGCACGGGGGUCGCGAACAACUGGUCCGGCGCCGUCCCGCUGCCGCGGCUGGCGCUGCUCAGCGGGCUCACCACCCUUCGCCUGAACGUCUCGCUUGCCGGGGUGCAGGCGAGGGUGUUGUCGAGGGGGCUCCGCAACGACGACGACGUUGGCCCCAGCAGCAGCGACUACGGGCAACGCAACAACAACACCGAGGGGGGCCACCCACAGGGGGUGGGGGUGACAACACCGUCCUCGGCGAAGGAUUCGCGCCGCCACGGCGGCGCUCGGGAGGAGAGGGCUCGGCGGUGCGUGCGGCGGGUGGCCCGACAGCUCGUCGAGCGCGUGCACCCGGCGGCGGCGUCGACCGGGUACCGGCAAGCGUGCCGCCUGUUCCGGGACGAGAUGGGGGCACUGGGGUACGACCAGGGCUCCCUGGACGGCGUCGUAGAGGCGCUCCUGGAGACGACCGCGAGGAUCCGGAAUCCGGCGACGGCGGCGGGGCACGAGGGGAGCGGCAAAGAGGCGGCGUUCUUCCAGUACCCGGCAUCGAUGCCGGGCCGGUCUGGACAAGCACAGCAGCAGCAGGAGGCGACGAUGCCGGGAAGGGCCACCGUCGAGGAGGCCGAUGCCCCGGGAGAGCAAGCCGACGUGAGGGAGUUGGUAGAGGCCGGGAUGGCCGUGCUCUCCGAUGCCUCAGUCCCCGCGAAAGGAGGAAGCGGGAGCGGCGGUGAUGGAGCCGUUGGUGAGGAGCCGGUCUUGCUGGACAUUGCGGCAGUCGAGGCGUCCGGACUCACGCUUGCGCUGACGCGUCUGACGUACGACACGCGGUUUACCGCUACGGCCGAGGCUAUCGUCGUGCGCGACUCGGAUGGCGUCCGCAUCCUCUCGGCCGGUAGGAUCGGCCUCGGCGACGGCGGAGACGACGGAAAACGCAGCGCUGGCAACGGCAUCACGCCCAAGGGUUCUGGGGACGACGCUAGCACUACUGCGGAAGGGGCGGCGAGCAACAAGAGGAGCAGCGUUCCCGCGAGGGUGUCCGCGUCACGACUCAAGCGCCACCAGGCCCGAAGGGGCCAAGAGCGGGACGCGACGAGCGCGAGGGAGAGGAUCGAGGCCGCGGCGGCCACCCUGGCCGAGAACCAGAAGAGAGAGACGAGCGCUCUGCUCAUCAGUUUCGUGGCGUGUGACAAACGACACAUUUUCGGUUCUGGCGGGGACUCUCCGAAUGUCGUGGCGGCCGUCGGACGGCUCGCGGCGUCGGCGUCCCGAGGGUCAGCCCCGCCGCCGGAACCCGGCCUGCUGGAGUGCCUUAGCCGGGACCGGGAGCGCCGAGCGUCCGUGUCGAUCGACCAGAUAUCGUUCGUGGCCGCUCCCAGCGGUUUCUUGACGGCGGCAAGGGCGGCAACGUCCCUCGAAGCCGCGGCGGCCGAGGCAGCGGCGGCGGCCUUGGCACGACCGGCGCAAGACGACGGCUUCGCGCCGCCCGGCAGCGAGAAACGGGCCGUGGCCGCUAGUAGUCGUCACCCGUCCGCUCCCGUCGUGCUCCGGCCGUCGGUGAGCACCUCAGUGCACCUGCAGGUCCGCGAAUUUCGGUCUCUGCUUUCGCUGGAGAGCCGGCCGUUGGCGAGCCUGUCGAUGACGGGGCUCGUGUUCGAGGCCUCCCGCAGCGAGUGGUGGGACCUGGACGACAUCGACCCCUGCAUCUUCCGCGACCUUGGGGAGACCAACGCGGCUGCUACUUCUCCCCGUCCCGGAGAAGAGCCUGCGGGCGCGGCUGCUGCGGAGAGUAAACCGAUGAUGCCCACGGUGGGGUGGCCCGGGUGGACCCGCGACGGCGGACGGCACCGUACAGCCCUCGGCUACCUGUUCGUGGCGGAAAUCACCAAGUAUUUCGGCCCGGACCGGCUAGGCCCGGUGUUUGCCGAGGUCCGGCGUUUCGGCGGUGGCGGUGGUGGUGGUGAUGGUGGUGGUGAGGGCGCGGUUGAUACUGCGGGGAGCGAAGCAGAGAAUGAAUCGGUUGCUGUGGUGAUGGGCGAGCAAGACCAAGCGGUGCCCGACAAGUGGUCCGUGGUCGGCUCCGAAGAUGGGGGCGACGGGAAUUCGAGGACAGAUCAGGGUGGCGGUGGCGGCGGUGCCGCGAGAGUCGGAACGCCAGUUUCAGACGGGGCUGGUGGUGGUGGUGGUGGUGGCAAGGCGGAAGCAGAGGCGGGCAUGCGCGUUACGGCGGUGUUGCAGAACCUCACCGUUGUGAUUCCGCGGAGCACCCACUCGCGCGAGGCGGCGGCGGUAAAGUGCGAAGAACUCGUCCUCGAGGUGCGGAAAAAGCGCGGUACGUGGAGGCUCCCUGUCGACACUACCAACGUGGCGUCAAGACGGCUGGAGCGAGAGACUCGGCGCGGCCACCGAUCUCCGGGGCCUCAUCCCGCCGCCGCGGUGUCAUCGUCGCCCCACGGCGGCGGCGGUGGCGGCGGCGCUAGCGGCGAGCUCGGCACGGGGACGUCGGCUGCUGCGGCGUCCGCCGAGGGGGCCCCGAGGAGGCGUCUGUCGGGGGACGCCCCCGGCCGAGUGGAGGAGUCGCUAGACGGGACGGGGCACCGCGGGAGCGUCGCGUCCACGCGGCGAUCGAUCCUGAGCUUCGUGAGCGCGCGCUCGUUCCGUUCCGUCGGGGACGUUACCGGGGAAGACGACGGGUUCGACUUGUACCCGCCGGACGUCGACGAUGUGGCGACAGGCGAGGGGGGGUCGGGGUCGGCAUCGGGCACCGACUCUGACCUGGACGAGUUUUUCGACGCCAUGGCUGAAGUUGACGAAGCAGCCACCGCGACGGGUUUUUUCCCCACCGAGGAGCACAGGUACCCGUCCCCCUUGUUCUUUGAACAAGGGGUGGAUACGUCCGGCGCGGCUUCUCCUCCGUUGGGUGGCCAGCUGUUGGCCGAAGACGUGCGGACUCACAUCCCUCGAGCGUGGGCGGUAGACGACGACGAAGACUACGCGAGUGCGGAGCAGAGACCAACCCGGGCACACGCGGAACACACCGGCGCUCGCGCCGCCGCCGCCGACGGCCCAGAGAGCGGCGCUAGCGGGGUCGCCGAUGGCGGUGGCCCCGGAGAAUCAUCCGCUACGGCAACGGCAUCAGCCUCCGCCACAGAGAGGGAGCGCAACGCGUCCGUGCUGCGCAUCGCCCUUCACCUGAAGGGGGCACAGCUGCUGGUAGCUCUUGCCCCGCGUCUCGACACCCCGACCACCACAGCGGCGGCGGCGGCGGCAGCGGCGGCGGCUGCCGCUGCUACUGCUGCUUCUUCGACGACGCAGUCCCAGAGAGAGGCCAAGGCUUCUCAAGGGUAUCCGUCCGCAGCGGACGGCGGGGAAUUCGUCGGCGGGGAGGCCGUCGAGGACGAGCUCCUCGACGAGGGGGCACACAGCCAGGACGCCGAGGUGCUCCCGCGGGCUUGGCACAUGGUCAACGGGGCCCCCGUCUACCUGCGGAAGCACACGACGAUGGCGCGCGAACGCUCCUCGGGCGGAAGCGGUGACGCGAACAGCCCGGGCGCUCGGCGAAACGACGAGGUUCGCCGCACCCGUAGCGGCAGCAGCGCCGGGCCUAGGGCUGGAAGCUCGUACGCGAAUCUCAACACUCGCGGUGGCAGGGGUGGCGGGUUGCCGGUCCACGGUGAAGAGGGAUGGCGACCGCGCGACGGCGGCGGGUACGACAGGAGCGCGAGAGAUCCUCCCCGACAGGGGCCAAGACUUAACCGUGGCUCUAGCGCGGGGGUGGGCGCGUCGGGCCACGGUGGUGAUCGCGAGGACGAGUUGUACUGGUCUGAGAGAGGGGAGGGCCAGCAGCAGCUGCUACGUUGGCGAGAGAUUACCGAGCAGCCGUUCGACCUCAUGCUGCUGGUGGACACCGGCAAGGAGCUCGGGCACUCUCGGAUUCUGCUGACCAUGCCGGAGUACGGCGUGGAGGAAGAGGACAGGGCGCGUGGCGAGGGGAGGAAGCCCGGCGGGCUGUACAUCUGCCCGACGAUGGCGGAGUACUACCUGCUGCUGAGUGUCUACUUCGACAACUACUGCGAGCUGGACUGCUUCUACGGUCCGCCAGGGCCAGGAGAGUCUCCGGGGGGCCCCGCGGCUCCCGUGGCGGAGGACUGGCCCCCGUACGGUACUCCUGCCAUGGUGCAGAGGGUGUUGACCCGCCCGGAAAAGUGGAACUUCUCCAUCAGCAUCCCGCUGCUCGAGGCAUCUCUUUCGAUGGACACGAGAUAUUUCCCGGAGAGGCCUGCAAGCAUGUGGAUGGCCCAGACCCCGCAGAACCCGCCAGGGUCCGAACCGAUGAUGGAAGACUACUGGGAGGACCCACGGGAGCGCGUGCCUUUCGCUUGCAUGCGGCUGGUCAACCCGGCCAUGUCCAUCACAGCGGGGCUGGGUAUCCUGAGGCUCGCGGUGGCGGCGGGUGACGUGGCGGUGAUGGACACGAGGCAGCCAAUCAGGACGAGAUACCCCGUCGUUCUGCACGCGGGUCCGAUGAGCCCCCUGCCGGAGUCUGCGGACAGCGCCCGACGAGAAGACGAGAGAGGGCAAGGCGCGGGCAGGGGCGGGCACGAGGGUAAGGGGACGGGUCGACGCGAUCCCCUUUCCCCGCAGUUCGCCGACGCCUCGCCGGCCACGUGCGUCCAGGCCUUCGUGGACGACGCGUUCGGGUAUUUCCGUCCGGGGGGGGAGGUUGGGAGUCCUCUUCCGCUCCCGGUGCAGGUGUCGCUCAUCAUGACCCCCCCCCACAUGUGGCUUUGCGUGAAUGUCGGUGUCGACGGCGUGGACAUCAAUGCCAAGGAGAUGUCGGUGGUGUGGCUCAUCGUGGACUUUUUCUCCAACUACCACCGGUCCGACGCGUACGGCUGUCCGUUUUACGGGUACAUGGGCACGCUUGAUCCCGCCGAGCCGGCGGCCACCCAGGAACCGUCCGACGACGCAACGGCGCCAGCUAGAUCGGAGGGAGAGCCUUUGCUGCCACCGCCCCCCCGAAGCAUCGACGUGCGCGUGUGGGUCACGAGGCCCCACAUCGCGGUCCUCGAGUUCCCGCUGUCGCGCAACACCAGCGCGUUUCUGCUGGAAGGGGAGCAGGGCAUCUACUACCGCUGGCAGUCCCUCAUCAUCGCUCAGGUGAUUCACAUGGAGGCCGCGGUCCAGGGCCUGGCCGCCAUUAUCGUCAACGCCUACCGCGGCGCCUCGGAGUCGCGCGGGGCUCGCGGCACCGCCGGCUCCGGCAGCGGCACCCGUACCCUCGUCGACGGGCUGUCCCUGUCGAUGGCGCACAACCAUUGGCUGGCGGUCAACCACCUCGACCUGCACGCCUCGUUGCCGCUGCAAACCUCCGACUCCGAUGGGGGGCAAGGGGGGGCAGGAGGAGGGGGUGGGCCGGAGGAGGGGGAGGAGUGCAAGACGGGUGGGCUCUGCCGGGGAUUCGAGGCACCGUCUCUGGACCCCGCAAAGCUGCACCUUCGCCUUCGCCAGCCUUGUGCCGUCCCCGCCCAAGAGCACCCGUCCAUGGACCUCGGCCCGCGGGCGGGCGACAUCGUCGCUUCGGUGGAGGACCUCGUCUUCGCCGCCGCGUCCGCCAUGGUCUUCCUGGGCCCGAACCCCCCCCCCUUGCCUACGGCGGAGCCCCCUCCAGAGGCAGAGGAGGUAGGGCCCCCCGCAGAUCCGUCCUCGGGGGCGGAGGGCGGCGGCGGCGGGGUGCCUCUCGAGGCGGGAACAACGAGUGCCGUCGGAGCGGGAGGAGGGGGGAGAAAGGCUGGCGAGCACGCGCACGCGGUGGCAGAGUACACCACUGGUCUUGCCUCGCCUUCGUCGACUUCGACGGUUGUGAGACCCGCGUUUGCCGAUGGCGGCGGCAGCGGCGACGUUGGUGCGUUGGUCGCGGGAGGCUCCGCAGGAGCAGGAGCGGCGGCGGCGACCGGGGUGCCGCCUGGGCGAGAAGAGGAUGGCGAUCAAGGCCGGAGCGGCAGCUCGGCGGAGUUUCGUUCGAUCAGCCCUCCUGCGGACGCGCUAUGGAUGCCUGCGGUGUCUCCCACUGGGCGAUCGCCUUCGAGAGGCGGCUCUUCGGUUCUUGGAGAGAUUGGACCGCGAAGAUCUCUGAAAACCUACGUCCGGCCAGUCUUCAAGACCAUCUUGUCCUCGUCAGGGAGAGCAACAGGGCGGGGCUUGCUACACUCCCCUAUCCUGGGAGACAAUCCCAUGACCGAGCUCGCCGAAGGGGAAGAGAGUGCCGCCGCAUUCUUGGGCGCCGCUGCCGCCGGCGGUGUCGGGGUCGGUGGUGGUGGUGGCGGCGCGGCAGCGGGUGGGGGAGGGCAGGCGCAGCAGCAAUUGCGCGUGUCGGGCCUGCUGAAGAGCGAGAUGUCGGCGUUGCCUUCUCUGGCCGGGUUUGGGAUGGGCGGCAGCGAUCACUCGGACUCAGACGACGAGAGCACAGGAGAGGUCGGCAUCUCGGGGAGGCGGUUCUUCGGCCGGAAACGCCGAAGCACGGACGCCUCCCUGUCCUUCGUCGAGCGAGGGCAGCAGCAGCAGCAGCAGCAGCCGAACACCGAGGGCCGCUUGCGACGGAUGAGCAACGUCAUGUCCCGCCGCCCGCGCAACUCUUCGCUUCCCUUGGCUUCCACCAUGGAGGGCGAGGCCGUCGAAGACGGCAGUGUCCGGGGCCGUGCCGCAACGGCGGCGGCCUUGCCGUCAACGAGACCGGCGCGGGUCUCGAGGGCACGGGGGGAUGAGGUCGAGGUGGAGACUCGCGGCGUGGCGGCGGCGGCGGCGGCGAAUGAGGCCGAGGGCAGAGACGAUCCUCCCGUGCAGAACAACGAGGACGAGGAGGAGCCGCUGCCGCCGUUCACAAUGGCUCUCGCGGUGAUGCUGACGGGGCUGCGGGUGCUCAUCGUUGACCAGGUGCUCGGGCUGCACCUCCCCGUGAUGAAGCUCUGCCUCGCCAGCGUGUCUUGCGUCAUCGAGAACCGUCUCGAGAGCGAGGACAACGAGCUAGAGCGCCGCCUUCUUCGGGGACGGAGGCCGUCAUCGUCAUCACCCGGCCGACACGGCGGCGGCGAAGCCGCCCCGCCGGGCGUUCGCCCCUCCUCUUCCGCUCCAGCACAAGCAAUGCCGGCGGGAUCGGCGACGGUGCCGACGGCGGUGCCGACGGCCGGUUUUGAGACGACUGCGACGACGCCCGCUGUAGGCCAAGACCUCCCGCUCUCACACACUUGGCACGGCACCCGCGCCGUGGCCACCGCCAAGACUCGGAGCGAUCCCGAGCGGGGAGAUGGUGCUGGUCAAGCAGGAGGAGGAGGAGGAGGAGGAGUCUCGGGCCGCUUAGGCGCGCACACCGGCAGCCGAACGAACCUGCUCAAGUCCUCUCGGCGAUGGGGGGGGACGGGUUCUGGCUCCAGGGUGCAGCUGGACGGCGAUGAGCUGCAUGCGGUCGGUGAGGAUGCGCCGGCGGGAUCGGGUACGCCGACGAAGUCGGUCAAGUUUGUGCUCGGGCGAAAGCGUACAGAGACGAGCGGGUUGUCUACGACGGCGGCGGCGGCGGUGGUGUCAGGCGCCGAUGGGGGUGCUACGGCAGGGGGGGGGUCUGCGUCACACCCCAGAGUCAACGGCGCGAGCACGGCGGCGGAGGGAGAAGCGGCGGACCCGCGCGCGGCGGUCAUGAACGUGACGGUUCAGACGCGGCUGUGGGCGGAGUAUUUCAACAACACGCUACGGUGCUGGGAAGCACUGCUCGAUCCUUUCAGGUGCGACGUCCUCGCCGAGAGCUCCACGCGGCGUGGUGCGGGCCUCAUGGUCAAGGCGCGCUGCCCACUCCACGUGAACGUCACCGCGGCCCUGCUGGACACGCUCAGCGACAUGCAGGAGCAGAUGACCCGGAUCUUCAACGAGCUCGACGCCGAGAACUUUCGCGGUCGGGUCGAGGUCUUGCGCGUCGCCCAGACGGCGCCGGGAAGCGACGACGCCGAGGAGUCCUCGUUCUCUGCCGCCCCUAGGCCGUCGUCCGCGGCGGGCGGCGGCAAGGGCAAGGAGCCACCGCCCGGCAGCCAGGACAGCGCUAUCUCGCGCUACCGCCACAGGGAGGUGCUACAGUACGAUGACGUGUUUGUCACCGCCUGGCCCGCGGACGAGUCGGUGGUGCCUGAGCGGCAGUCCAGCCUGGGCGCCGGCGGUGCCGGCGGUGCCGGUGGCAAGGUGGGAGCGUUGGGCCCGCUGAACACGCCGCGGUUUCCCGUGUGCCACGAGUUCUACGCGCCGCUGGCCCUCGAGUCUCGCAUGUCGUUCACGAUCCUCAACCUCACCGGGCAGAGGAUGAGGUACUUCCAGCCCCGGGCGGGAGAGGAGACUCGCCGUCUGCAGUACCUCAGAGACGGCGAGAGAGGGGUCCUUCUGUUUACCGCCACCAUGACGGUCGUGCGGAACGGGCGGGUCCAAGAGGUCCCGUUCGACAUGCAGACGGAGGCGUUAGGCCUGGGGGAUCGGCGCGGCGCCACUCUGCCUACCGUUGCCGCAAGGGAGGCGGGAGGAGGCCAAAAGGGACAACGAGCGGGCGGCUCUCACACGGUGGCGGUCCAGGUUUCUGGGUACCGCUGGAUGCCCGAGGUGUGUGCCGACAACCUUGGAACGCGAGCAAUCCCCUUGCGCGCGCUCCUGGGGAGGGUCGACGCCAGGCGCGUGUGCCCGGAUCCCGGGCUGGCGGCGGCACUGUCGCUGGUGGCGGACGUUCACCACCUCAACGGCGGCCGGCAGGUCACGCUACGCUCCGUCUUCCGGCUUCAGAACUGCACCGACCACGCCGUGAUGAUGUUCACCCACCCGGACCGGAAACACAAGCCGAUGCACCCUCGCGCCGGCCGCGCCUACCGAGGAGGCGGCUCCUCUCCGUGGGCCGCAACCCCCGCCACCCGGGGUUUCCAAGUCGGCGGUAACGCGUUCUUCCCGGGGUCUUCUUCUCCGUAUGGCGGAGAGGGGGGCAAGGGGGGCUCCGGGAAUUCUUCGGGGGUGGGAGCGGGGGGCCCCGCAGGCGGGGUCGGGGCGGAGGGGGAUGUGACCCUCGUGGAACCCGGAAAGGUGUUUCACCUGCCCAUCCUACUGAUGCAGCAAGCGCUGGAGCUGGAAAGGGGCACGGGGCUGGGAAACAUGUGGCUGCGUCCCGCGGCGACAGUCCCGUUCAUGUCGCUGCCGCACCUCGAAACAGCCGCACAAGACGUGCUGUUCUCUUCCUCUCCCAUCAAGCUGAACCGACUGGUUAGCUGGAGCGAUGGGGCGGCGUCAUCGAGUGACGUCGCAGGGAUGCAGGUGGCGUGUCCGAUGGCGACUCCGGUCAAGGACGGCAAGCUUCUGCCGCCGUUUGUCUACUGCGUCGAGGUCCGGCGCAAGGUUCUGAAGGAGGACGCCGGGGUCGAAGACCCCCCUGCGGACGCGGCUAUGGCGACAGCCCUCGGACUGGGAAGUGGGUCGCAUAGCCCGAUGAGCAGCGGAACCGGGGUGUUCAAAAAUCUCACGGAAUCCUUUCGCGGUGGCGGCAAUGACGCUUGCCCGCCCAACUCGACGAGAGAUGGAGGAGGAGGGGCAAGCAAGAGACACGGGAAUAUCUUCAAGAGCGGCGGUGGCGGCGUUACAGGGGCUCCUUCUCCAGCAGCAGGCGGUGGUGCCGCCGCCGGACGUGCUCCCGCGACGGCCCCGCCGAUAGAGUACACCAUGAUGCUGCACCCGCCUCUAGUGGUGGAGAACCUUCUGCCCUAUGCGGGGUCGUUCGAGCUUGUAGACCAGAGCAAGACCGUCUUGUGGCGAGCCCAAUUGGAUUCGGGUGCAAGUAUCGGCGUGUACACCGCGGGGCUCGACACUCCUCUCAAAAUGUUCAUCAACCUCGGAUUCUGCAGGACCCACGAAGCGGUGUUGAUUCACGACGGGCGCCGGGGUGCUCGAGGCAGCCUGGGAGGCUUCAACCUCGCCGGCGGCGACGGUCUCAACAGCAUCAACACGCGCUUCUCCACGAACGGGCACACCCGACCGAAGAGCGGCAGCGGCAGCGGCAGCGGCAACAUCGGGGAUUGGAUAUCGGCGGCAGGGAGCGCGGGCGGUCCUGGCGGAGGAGAGAAGAUGCGGUCAUCGGGGGACAGGGAAGGUGGGAGUGGGGGUGGAGGAGGAGGAGACGGAGGAGGAGGGCGGCCCGCAGCGGAGCUUGGCUCCAGCGUCGCCCUCACCGACAGCGUGGGGCAGAGGGUGGAAGUCUAUCUUGAAAACCGCCUCGGCGACGGUGGGCAACGAAACGUGACCGUGUACUGCCCGGUGUGGAUGGUCAACACGUCGCACUACCGACUCAGAUAUCGGCAGGAUGGUCAGAGGCAGAUGCCGGCGGGGACGGUGAGCAAGGCGGGGGACGGCCAGCGCCCCAUCUACGAGAACGACUGCCCGGGACCGAGGGACUCUCAACAGAGCAGCUGCUUCAACACGCCCGCGAGGGGAGAAGGUGGCAGCGGCUCCUCCCUGCCCCCGUGGGUGAUCCCGAAUGCUCGGGGUUCCUGCUCCGCGUCCUCCUCGCCGCUGGCACCGGGAGGGGUCGUUCCGCCGCAGGCGGCGGCCCGAGAUAUCUCCCAACAACACUCGCUGUCCGCAACAGCAGCAGCGGCGGGGGCAGUGGCCAUGACCGCCAUUCCAGACGGCAACACCGGCAAAGCUAUCGGUGGUGCCGAUUUGGGAAGAAGCUACCUUCAACAGCGGGAUGGGGCAUCGGCAGACAUGACCGCCACCGGCGGCGGCGGCGGCGGUGGCGGCGGCGCUACUGCGCGCCGGGAUAACACCCGGACGCAGCAGCAGCACGCUACCGCGGGCGUCGGAAGGGCUACUGCUGCAGCUGCUGCUGCCGCCGCCGCCGGGCCUCCUCAGGGUAGUGGCGAAAACGCGGGCGGGACAGCCGCGGGUAGCGGGGACGGGCGCGGGGCAGGGGCCUGGGCGGCGACCGAUCCGGAGAGUUUCCUGAGGGAAAGCUUGAGCCUCAAGGACCUCGUGUCUCUGGCGUUCAUGUUCAAUUUUGUGGAGACUGGGGUGCUUGGACUGGGCGAGCGGAAGGCUGUUGUUCAGGUCGAGGACAGCGAGUGGAGCAAGCCUUUCAGCAUGGAGACCGUCGGCGUGAACCAGGUUCUGAGCGUGCGACACCCGCAAAUGGGCACCCUGGAGCUUGGGUUCACCAUCGUCGUGCCGCCGGGCCGCCUGGGGCAGUUCACCAAAGUCGUGCAGUUUUGGCCGAGACUGCUAGUGGUCAAUCGCCUGCCGCAGGCCUUGGUUCUGGAGCAGAACUUGACCCUCAGGCAACGCUCCGAGAGGGUUUCACAAGUGCCAGUCCCUGCAGGCAGCGGGCAGCCGUUUCACCUGCCGCAGACGGGCGGAGAGCGAGAGCUUCGCGUCAAGGUGGAAGGAGGGUGGAAGCUCAGCGCGUCCUUCCCUGUGGACAGCGUCGGGGAGUACACGCUGCGCCUCACGCGCCAGGUGGACGUCAGCAAGCUCAAGCACAUUUCCACACGGAGGUCUUCCGAGUAUGACGUGGUGAUUCCUCAGAUGGAGGAUGUGGGCAUCUGGCUGGAGACGGACUGGUACCGGAAGCAGGCGGUGAUCAAGGAGAUCAAGAAGGACAGCUACGCCUUCACCAGCACCGACGUUCACGUCGGCGAUGCCCUGAUCGCCAUCAACAACGUGAGCGUGCAAGGAGUCCCCUUCAACAGCAUCAUGCACAGGAUGAAGAAGAGCCUUCGCGAGGACCCGUGCAUCGUGCUUCGCUUCCGCACCAUGGAGGAGCGCUACCGCCUGCUCCGCAUGAAGGCUCUUCGCAGGAAGCUGGGCGGAAGAAACGGUUUCGGCCUCACUUCGCCCGGCGGGACGUCGUCCUACCACUGGGAUGACAGCAUGGGGGGCUACGACGGCGACUCCAAUCACCCGGCAGGACUAGGCAUGGGGACGGGAGCUUCCAGGGCAGGCUCGGCGCAUCCUCUCGACGGCAGCCGGAUCGGCUUGCCGCAGCCGCUGCCACGGAGGUGGAGAGACACCAUGGCGGCGGACACGAAAGACCACCAUCCCGACGGUGGCCGCGGCGGCGGAGGCGGCGCGCACGGUAUCAGGUCUGGCGGCAGCGUGUUUUUCGACGGCGCUGCCUCGGAUCGUGAGGAGGCCGGCCUUGGCGGCGGGGCCCCCGACAGGGGCGAGGAUGACAUGGACGACAUCUACGGCGACGCCGGCAACGGGAGUGUUGCCGGGGGGGGCGGCGGCGGUGGCGGAAUGGACGGAGAUGGUCAAGAUGAUCUUGGUCAUGCGGAGCCCCAGGAGAUGAUGCUGCGCGUGGAGCUGCGCCCCCUUGCCGCCUCUAUCGUGGUCGUUGUUCGGCAGCUAGACCCGUCCCAGGUGCCGUACGUGGUGGAAAACGUCGAUCCAAGCCACCGAGUGUACUUCAGGCAGAGGGGGGCCGAUUGGUGCCCGUGGCAGUCGGUGGGGCCGGGGGAGAAGCAAGGCUACGUCUGGGAAGAGCCGCUUCUUCCUCCCCGGUUGCUCGUUAGGGUGGGGCCGGACUUCCUGCGCGGCGGAGACCUGAACCGCGGGGACGGCGGCAGUGCUCCAGCCGUGGCAGCGGCGCACCUCCAGGCCUGGGGCGUGGGGAGGGUUUCCUCCGAGGAGGCGGGGACGCUGUCGGGGCCGAUCAAGCUCAUCAGGUUGGACGAAAUCGGUACCGAGGAAAAGCUGCCGCUCCCCGAGUGGGAAUGGGACCAUAGCGAUAGCGCCCGCAUGGGAGGGGGGGGCGGUGGCGGGCAAGGCGGGCAGGCUCGCCACCGUAGCAGCAGCGACGGCAGCGUCGGUGGUGGGGCGGGGAGAGGCGAGAGGUCCUCCUCGGCGGACUUGGGGAGGGGCGGCAGCGUGUCGGGCGCCAAGCACGUCCACGCGCGCGUGAGCGCGGAGGGCCGGACGAGGGUGCUGCUGAUCUCGAGCCACAAGGACAUCCGCCGGACCAUCUCGACGUUCGGGGCGAAGGAGGCGUCUCUGGUGAGACAGGAGUGGCAGGGCCGGCUCGUGCUAGACAAAUACCUGAGGUAUCUAACUGCGUUUGUGAGCCAACAAGACGCCAUUGAGAGGAGCCGGCGCACGCACUUCCGCGCGCUAGCGGCGCUGGAGGGCCGAUCCAGUCAGCUCUCUCCCGAGGCGGUGUCACUGACGUGGACGGGCCCCUCCGCUUUGAGGCGCGACUUCACUCCCGCCGCCGCCGCCGUCAGCGCGUGGAGCAACUCCGCAAGCCCUGUGGCAACGCCGAACAACAACACCACUACGGAGAACGGAAGGCCGGCGUCGUUGUCGUCAAAGGCCGAUACUCCGAGAGCGGGCUCUAGGUCUCUUCCCUCGCGGCGGAGACAAGGCGGAGACCCGCUGGCGCUGUCACCGGUGGGUCCUGGGGUGGUAACGCCGGCGGAUGCCGUUGCGGUUGAUGAGACGGAGCCGAUGAGCAUGAAGCAGCUGCGCGAGCUCGAGAGGAGUCUGGGCAUGGACGAGCCAAAGGUCCUGCAGGUGUUGGACGCUGAGCGUGUGCUCGCGAACGAGAUGAGGGUUGGCAUCACGGAGACACACCAAGUCUUCGUCGAGGUGUUGGCUGCGACAAGCCUUCGCCCCACGGGACUCCAGGGCUACUCGGACCCCUACUGCGUGUGCUACCUCAAAAUCCCCGACUCCACCGGGGGAUCCAAGUCCGCUGACGACCGAUUUCGCGGACAGCGCGGGGAGACUUACUUCUGCGAGAAGACGCUGAACCCGACGUGGUCCGGGCAGCGCUUCAUAUUCAAGGUGCCCCCGGCGGCCGUGCAGCGCAAGCGCGGCCACGGCGUACGGGUGCUGGUUCUGUCUCGGAACCUGGUUCGGCCGAAUGACUUCCUCGGGCAAGCGGACGUGCCGUUGUCUCUGCUUCAGGACGAGAGGGAGCACGUGGGUUGGUUCCCCCUCAAUCGCCGGAGCUCCCGUCUCAUGCACCUCGCCGCCGGGGACAAGAUCGCUGGCUCCGUCAAGCUUCGCGUCCAAUGGGUCUUCUCCCUGGAUGCGCUAUUGCACACUCAGAUUCGAGGUCUAGAGUUGUUCCUGGGCACCGUGGAAGCUAGACUGCAGCGGAUAAGGUUGCUCAUCGAGAGGCUCAAGAAGGAGGAGGCGAAAGACAGAAAAACUCAGCUCGGCAUGACGGUGCGCGGACGGAAGGAGAACUCAAAGAUUGCCCGGCUCAAGAGGCACCUCGAGAAGAUGGGCUUCAAGGGCAUCGGCUCCGACAGCAAAGACGGCACAGGCAGCGCCCACGGGGACCACCGCAAGACGCCGCCCUUCAAGUCGCCGCUGAGAGGGGGUGGCGCCACCAUCACCACGCCCGGCGGUCAGCUCGUCCGCGCGAACUCCCUGACGCUGGCGAGCCCGAGCGCACAUGGCUACGGCAGCAGGAUCGUCGCGCGCUUGAGCUCACCGUCCAGCGGGGGAGGGGGGCCAGGGUUUAGCAUCAACGCCGAGGGGCUGCGUGCGGGUGGUGGGGACACCAAUGGUGGCGGCCAGGCGGAAAGUUCUCUGCUGUCGCUGGCGUCCUUGAGUCCCAGGCGCAUGCGGUCGUCCAUCAGUAUGGGCGGCAGGCGGCUGUCGGCGUGGACCCUGAGGGGCGCGGUGCCGGCCAGCGCGGCGGCGGCAGCAGUGGGCGCUUUGACGGUUGAAGAAGGCAGCAACUCGCAGUCGCCGUCCCCGCUUCCGAACAGCACCGACGGAGGAGUCGUCGAUUUCAAGCAGGACCUGCAACACGAUCGCGGCGCGGGCGGAUCUCCGGCUCCCAGCGCUGGGCCGGAGGGAUCCACAUCCUCGCAGACCAGGGGCUUGAAACGGUUGACGAGGAAGCUUAGCUUCCGGCAACGGCAGGCGCAAGCAAACCUUCAGGUGCGCGCCAACGCGCUGAGAGGGUCACGCACCUUCAACAACAGCGCGGUAGACCUUAUCGCGGCGGCAGGUAACGCCGAGGUUGGCGUCAACGCCACCACGGCAAGGAAUUUCGCUUCCCCAUGCGCACCCGGCGGCGGCGCCGGUGAGGACAACACCGUCGAAGACGCUACGACUCUCUUUGACCAAAGGCUUGGCAGAGAUAGCGCCACCGAGGGGAACGGCGGCGGGGGCGGCGGCGGCCGCAGCAGAGCAGCAUCGGCAGGAAUAGCAGCAGCGGGCAGACCCACCCGUACCAUACCCAGGUUAGCGUCAACGGUCUCGCGGGCCAACAGCGGUGGCGGCGGCGGCGCUACCAGGGCAACCCGUUCCGCUACAGCCGACAUGACGCACCAUCAACAGGAAAUGGUGACCGAUGUAGCUAGCUACGGCGCUGCUGAUCCCAGGGAGACGUGGUCGGGCAUCGGGGCAGGAGAGAUCGAGACGGCGGCAGAUGCGGGGGCGGUAGCUGCAGAGUUCAAGGCUGCCGCGGCUGCUGCUGCGGCGGCUGCGGAGGCGGAGCUGGCGCGACAGAGGGAUCCCCUGUGGAAGUACAAGCAGCAGGCGUCCAUGCUGCCCCUCCUCCAACGGCCGAGCCUGAAGGACCUCCUGCGGCACACUAGGGAGGCCGUGGUGUGUGAGAUGGACCUGAGCCACCAGCGAGUCAUGCGAGAUGGCGGUGUUCUCCGGAUACAGCCCCUCCAGGCGCUGCAUCUCGCCGAUACACAGCGGCGAGUGUACGUGGUCGUGCAGACACAUCUGCAGCGGGGAGAUUUCGUGUGGAAGAGCACCAAGGCCAACGUCGCGGCCGCCCCUACCUGGGACCGCAACCAGCCCGUGUGCGAGUUCAAGGUGGAGGCUUUGGAGGCUUCUGGCACCCUCAGCUUGAGCGUUUUCGCCGAGGUGGGCGUGAUGGGCGUGACGGACUUGCGCUCGGACGUUGAGAUCGGCCGCCUUGACCUGCAGCUUGGUGGGCUGAUCGACUGCUGCUCAUUCAGGGCGAGAUCGGAGUACCAGCGCUGGUAUCCCCUCUCCCCCCCGGCCCACAAGACGGAAGACGAACAGUUCGGCGCAGGGCCUGAGGACAGUAGCGGCAGUGGCGGCGGCGGGAGCGACGGAGGGACAUGGGCGACUGCGAUGGAGCAGCGGAGGGCCACCGACUUCGCCCACUACAACCCCAUCAUUCAGCUCGCCGCACGAUGGAGCCCCAGCUCGAGCGAGUCCGUCAGCGACGGGCACGGGUCGGCGUCGUCGCAGGGCCGCAGCCGGUCGUACGUUAGCGCUCUUCUCGGGGAAGUGUCCAUGUCCCUCGUCGACAAUCAGCGUGCCAAGGAGCUGCUGCACCUUUCCGUCAGGGAUGUAGACGGCCGGUACGCCGAAUCACAGGAAGUGACCAGGGGCAGCUGUGUCGUGGGCUGGGUGCAACUGGACAACCAGACCCAGGAGCCCGUGGCCCCCGUGGUGGUGGCGCCGACGAUCGUCAAACACCCGCAGGCCACGCUUCAGAUGAGCUUCAUCCGGAACAACGUCAAGAGCCACAGCCACCUCAACCACUUCGAGUACGUGGCGGUAAUGCUGCAGGAGCUGGACGUGAGACUGGAGCAGGCGAUCCUCACUGACCUCGUACAGUUCGUGGUGGACCGGUUGGACUACCAGCGUGCAUCGCACGACGUGUACAACCGCAAAGCCGUCGGACUCUUGGCCCUACAGGCAGCGGCGUCGGCUCCUGUGCCAGUGCCACAGGUGCGACAAGGAAGCGGCCGGCGAUUGGACGGAAUGGAUGAGGGCAUCGCAGGAGGCUCAAGUAGAGGUGGUCUCCAAGGAGCGGAUACCUCCGGCCAAGGGCAGGGAGAGGAGGACGCGAAGCGACGGAGGUCAGUCGAGAGUGCGAGCGGCGCAGGAGGUGGAGGCGGUAGCGCGCGGCGAGGAGGCGGGGGCCGGGGCGGGGGCGGGGGUGGCGCGGGAAGGGGGGCCUUCCUGCUGGACGAGGAGCUGCACGUGUACAUCGCGGCCAUGCAGCUCUUCCCCAUCAAGCUCAACUUCAGCUUCAUCAAGAAUGCGGAUGUCAAGCACUUGUUCCGGCUGCUGGACCAGCGGGAGCAAGAGAAGAUGGAGUGGGAGUUGCUCGAGGGCAGGGUGGACGGGAGGACCAAAGCUCCGCCACCUUCUCUCACUCACGGCCUGGCUGCGAGCUUCCCCCGACUCUUGUUGGAGUUCGUGAUCAACCUCACUAACGACAUCAGCACGUCGCCGGUCCGGCUCAACGGGAUGAAGAUCCCGCACCUUUGGAACACGCCUCGCCAGCUCACGAACUCGCUCCAAAGCCACUACAUCGGUGCUCUCCUGAGGCAGCUGUACAAGAUUGUUGGGAGCUUCGACUUCCUGGGCGACCCUGUGGGCGUGCUAAGUCAGCUGGGUGCCGGGGUGAAGGACUUCUUCUACGAGCCCGCGGAGGGCUUGAUGAAGAGCCCCACUGCGUUCGGGAAGGGGGUGGCGAAGGGGACCAUGUCUCUAGUCGGAAACACCACGUCCGGGGUGCUAGGGUUCACCACCAAGAUCACGCGUUCCGUUGGCGGAGGCGUCGCCGCGCUGUCGUUCGACGAAGAGUUCCAACGGCGGCGCAUCAACCGUCGAAGGGAGGCCGGCGGGGCGGGGGGGGUCGACCGCAGGACGGGGGGCCGCGGCGGGCCCCCCGGUGCGGCUCGAAUGCUGGUCCACGCCGUCAGAGACCUUGGCGGCGGGGUUUACCACGGGGUGACGGGGAUUGCCGUGGAGCCGUACCGGAGAGCGAAGGAGGACGGCGCUCGGGGGUUCGUGACAGGGGUUUUCCAGGGCCUGGCUGGCGUCGCCACCAAGCCCAUGGUCGGCUGUCUCGACGCCGUGACUCACACGGGGGAGGCGGUGAGGGAGAUGGCCGGGGGUCUCGCCGCUGGCGACGCCGCGCUCAUGGCCCAGCGGGCGCGUUUCCCGCAGCCGUUCGGGCCGGACGGUCGCAUGAUGCCCCGCACGGCGGAAACGGCGUGCGGCGCCUUGCUGCUGGCGCGGUUCCCGCUCUGGAAGGACCGACACAGCUACUCUCGAGAGGCCAUCGUCCCCACGAAUCCCCUGUCGGCGGCCACUCCGACAGGGGGAGGAGGAGGAGGAGGAGGAGGAGGAGGAGGAGGAGGAGGAGGAGGAGGAGGGAAAUCAGCUCUGACGGAAUCGAUACCCGCCGUAGGCCUGGCCCAGCUAGAAAGCACAAGACUGGAAGACGUGUACUUCCCGUUCCCCGAGGGUGGCGGUGGCAGCGGCACGACGGCCUCAGAGCCCCUGGGUAUCACGGAACCCGCGCCUCGCGGGGGCUGGGGCUCUCCGGUAAGCGACCCGGGGUCUCCUCAGGAAGUCUUUUCUCCCACGAGGGCGAAGGGGGGCAGGAACGCUGGCGCGCUCGGCGGCGGCGGUGGCGGCAUGGCCCCGCCCCCGAAGGAGCAAGGGCGGCGUCGAUCUCGCCGCGACAUGCCCGAGCCCGACUUUGUGGUCUCGACGGAAUUCCUCCACAGGCGCGAGGGCCAGGCCAUCAUCCUCGUGAUCAGCAACCUUCGCGUGCUCUGCGUGAGGGCCUACCUGAGUCGUGGUGGUGGUAGCGGCGGGAACGGGAGCGGAAUGGGCGGCAGGGGGAUGACCGGCGGAACUGGUGUCAGUGGCGGGGGUGGGGGAGGUAGUGGCGGGGGCGGCGGGGGCGGCGGCGGCGGUGGCGGGGGUCUCCGGGGUUCGGCGAUCACGGGUCUAGAACUCGAGUGGCAGGUUCGGCUGGAGUCCCUGACCGGUUUGCCCGCAAUUCUGGACGAGGACGGGGGCGGCACGACGCUCGACUUUACGUACAUCGUCGGGGCUACGGCCGGCGGUGGCGGCCGCCGCCGGGACGGGAGAAUGGGCCUGCGCAGCACCCUCCACAGGGGACGGAUGGCGGGGAUAGCCGCGGUGUUGGGUAACGCCGACGGGUUGGACUUGAGCUCAGGACAUCACGCUCCGGGCCGGGGUGUGGCCGAAGUUAACCCUACACUUUCUGCCGGCACGAGCGGCGAUGGGGGUGGGAGUGCCGGGAGGCUGCAUCCGCGCAGAGUCGAGGGCCUGUACCGCGAUCGCCCCGCGCUAAUCCGCGCUUACAACGUCGUGGCGUGCUUGACCAACCAGUUCGGCCGCGUGCUGCUGUCUCCGGGUGGAGUCAACGUGAGGGGCUCCAAAGCUGUCGUACGCUCCCACUUCCUCCAGCCGGCUGGAUCGGCCACAGGAGGCCCGGCGAGAGACGUCGGCAGGCGCGUUGCCAGCGGCAGUGGUGGUGGUGGUGGCGGUGGCAGCAGCGGCCCGGGUGUUGUGUCCAUCAACGGGUGGGAGUUCGGCGAGGACCCGCGGGAACAGUUAUACUCCAUGGCCUACGCGGCCGCUCGCAACAUCGCGGUGCGGGGGUGGGCGGCGCCCUCGAGGUUUACAUCUCCGCGAAUGGCCGAAGGCAGGCGGAGUGGCGGAGGAGGAGCUACAGACGCGCUCGUGCCAAGAACGGAUGCUGCUGCAAGGGGAGACGGGCUCCUCCAGAGAGACCUGUGGAUGCCGUUGUGGCUGCUCAUGCCUCAGGAAAGCUUCACCCCGGCGGAUAAGCUGCGGCCCGUGCCCAACGCUUUCGAGAUGGACGCUGUCGUUUGGGCGCCUGGACCGUUUAGUCCCGAGACUGACCCUGGGUCCGCGUGGCUGAUAACGGCGCGAGUAGCGGCCCUGGAAGCACCGAACCAUUUGCUCAGAGUGGCUGUCGAAUCGGAGCCGAUGCUGGACGACUCUGCCAAGUCUCUCGAGGUCAAAGACCGCUUCCGCCAGGGAAAAAUCGACGGGGUCGAGUUCGCGCGGUUUGUGGCCGAGCUGAAACGGACGGGAACGGACCGUAUCGAGCGCGUGAGGAGGCGCGGCACCGUUGCUGCUGGGGCAGGAGUGGGCGCAGAUUCAAGCGUGGCGGCGAUCUCAGCCGCGUCAGGUCUGACCGUCUCUAUGGCAUCCUCUACACCCGGGCCUUCGCAAGGUCGGGAUGGAGGUGCUGGCGGAGUGCCUGGUAGAGGUGGUGGCACCGACGCAAGCAGAGAUCCGGACGGUGGCCCGGCGGGGUUGAAGUCGAAGCGCCCUGCAAACUCCACUGGGGUGUUGAGCAAGCUUGGCGGUCGGCUAGUGGCAGGGCUCACGACGGCCUCGCUCAAGGCAGACCAGGGAAGCGGCACCAACAGUCCCGCUGGGGAACGGGCGCGCUCGGAAGCGGGAGGGGUGCGGCGUUUGAGAAGCCCUAGGCGGGGAAGCCUGUUCGGAUCGCCACGCCAUGAGCCUCAGGAGCCCCGCACUAGCGAGGGCAGCGCUGCCACAGCGGGUGGCAGUGGCUGGCGGCCUUGGACCGGGCCGGGCAGCGGCAGCCGCAAGUCUACCUCAGAUCCCUCUUACCCCGACCGUCCGGCACCUUCCCCGGCCGGUACUGGCACACCGGUCCGGGGUGGUGAUGUUCCCACGCCCAGUACACAGGGGGGACAAGCACCCGCGGCUUCCUCUCAACUUCAUCACCUGGGACAAGGUGCCGCGGGUGCCGGGGGAGCGGGGCCUUUGACGGCGUCCGAGAUAGACCAGAUGAGCAGCGUUUCGACGACUAGCACCGUGCUGACGGAUUUGUCUCUUCGGAUGGAAAAGAUCGAGGACCUGCUGUCGAAGCUGCUCGAGGCAAGCACCGGGGACAAAGGCAUGGGCGGCGGCGGCGACAUCCUCCAGCGAUGGGGCCGCGUGGCGAUCGGACAAGGUGGCGGAAGUCACGACCCUGCCACCCGCAGCAGUGAAGGGGGCACGGCUUCGGGCGUCGUAGUAGCCCCCGGAUCAAGGCACUCUUCGAACGUGCUACCAGACGACUCGGCAGGCGAGCUUAUGGGGGCGGUGAAGGACACGACCGCAGAGCUGCGGCAGGUGCGGAGGCGUUUGCGCCAGUUGGAGCUCGAGGAAACAGCAGCAAAGGUUGCUGCUGCCUCUGGGUCUAGUUCGCAGGCGCCGCCAGCCCCCACAAUGGUUGCGCCUCGCUCUCCUCAGCCAUCGCCGCCACCGGCUGAAGGACAGGUUGCCCUGCCCGAGGCUUCUGAUGGCGGGACCAGCGAGGUCAGCGAAAGUGGCGGCGAGCAUUUUAUACAAGGGGGUGUCCGGGCGUCCGAACUGCCGGUGUGCGGGAACGAUUCAUUCGAUGAGGAGGAAGAACCACGACCCUUUGCUGAUGGUACACAGCCGAAACCCUCGUCGCCUACAACGCUGGGUGCUGCUCAUGCCUCUGGGCAACACUCGCCGACGCCCAGCGAGGAUGAUGGAGUGGUUGGGACGGGUCCAAGCCGCAAGGCGGAAUCAACUGCGACCGGAGGAGAGUCCGACCACCCCCCACGCGAUUCACGGAAGAAUAGUGGUGGCCGUCGAGGGGAGGAAAGUGAAGAACAGGGGGUAGGAAUGAACGGCGGCAGAGAAGAUGAAACCAAAGGCGAAGCGCCAGAUGGCGGCAGUGCGACACGGGGGGGGGACGGAAGCCGCCCCGGAGGAAGCGGCAGCAGCGGGGGCGCUGCGCUGCGACGACCGAUAUCGUUCGGUCUCAGCCCGAUUUCGGAGGCACCGGCAUAGUUUAGCUAAAUAAAAGUAGGAAAUAGCCAGUAUUUAUUGCCGUAGGGCGAGCUUUGUGCCGCGGGUACAAGAAGCACUACAGGUGUUUGUAAGGGGUGAUUGCUCAGAAUGCUGGAAAUAUUUAUUUCUGUCGCCUCGUUCGCUUCGUUUUUGUUCUGACGUCUUGUGGGAAGCGGGCGCCAUCGACUGAUUUAGUGAUUUUGGUGAACAGAGGUGUUAGCGUUGUGUGGGAAACGUAGGAUAUCGUUACAUCGGUCUGUUCGUAGUCGGAAUGAUGUACAUACAUAUAUACACGUGGUUGAUCACCACGCUCGAUAUGGGCGCGCUGUGUUCCCUUGUACUUGCUUGCAUAUGCAUACAUACGUAUAUGAAGGUGUGCGUGUGGUUUAUUCUCGUCGUUUUGAGCCUUUGCUGUCGUGAUGUGGACGUGAUGAUGUUUUUUUAUCAUGUGGUCCCUUGUCGUCCUUAGUCGGUGUGUUGUAUGUUGUGAUCUGCUUCAUUCGUCGGAGUACCCUGUUGUCAAAUUUGUUUUUUUCUAAGGACUCUGUUGUUU